CGCUUUUGUGAUGAUUUUGAAGCAAUUACGAAGCUGUCGGAGAGAGAGAGAGAGAGCAAGAGAGAUAGCGAGAGAGUUUAUAUAUAUAUAUAGAGAGAGAGAGAGAGAGAGAGAGAUUUUGACAUUUAAUCCUCGAGAUGGCGGUAUUCGAUUGAGAUGUAGAAAUUCUUGCUUCUUUUCGCUACGCUUUUAAGCAUUCCCAUUUGUGUAGGUUACGUCUUCCGGCGAUACGUAUGCUUUUUAGAAGAGCGGGAGAUUCGUGCUUUGGGUUUUGGGGUACCUUAGUCCGUAGUUUAAUUAGUUGCGAGUGGUGGUAUACUAGACGGAGCGCGUCGCGGUCGGUACCCUGUUGAAUUCUUUUAUGGAUGUGCCGUGAUUCGAGAACUUUGUGGAUUAUUAAGAUGUGAGUCCGUAGGGGACUGAAGGCAUGUCUAGGGUAGAAGGGUUGUAGAGUGCCACGCAGUGCAUCAUGCUCCCACAUCAGACUGUGUCGUUGUGGUCAUGUGAGGGGUACUCACUGUCUACCCUAGUUUUACGUACUUGGUUAGUGUAUGCCGGUUUCAGGAGUUCAUAUAUAUGUACAUAUACAUGUGUAUCCAUCAACUGCGUUCUACUCGGACAAAGGGGAGGAUGUGAUAUUUCCACAAUACAUACAUUUUGGGACAUCUGAAACGUGAUUCACUUGACCUGAAGAGAAGGUCGAAUCAGUGAAAGCAACCAUGCCCACCGAACUUCUCAGCAUCCAGCCUGGGGAGCUGAAGUUUCCAUUUGAAUUGAAGAAACAGAUAUCAUCAUCCCUCCGGCUGGUCAACUCCACCGAUGAUUAUGUGGCCUUCAAGGUUAAGACGACUUCUCCCAAGAAGUACUGUGUACGCCCCAAUACCGGCGUUGUCCAGCCUCACAGUAGUGCAGAUGUUACAGUUACAAUGCAAGCUCAGAGGGAAGCUCCUCCCGACAUGCAAUGUAAGGACAAAUUUCUUGUCCAGAGUGUCAUAGCACCCUCCUCCAAGGAGGUUUCUCAAGAUAUGUUUAACAAAGAAGAGGGGAGGGAGGUUUAUGAGGCGAAAUUGAAAGUCCUGUAUGUUUCACCACCUCAACCACCAUCACCUAUCACAGAAUCAAACGAGGAAGAGGGUAAUUCUCCUAAAGCAGCCGCGGCGGUAGAUAACAGUGAUCGACAUCAUUUACUCUCUGACCCGAUCUCAAAGACCGAGAGUGAGUGGAAGUUCAAGCUGAAUGAAACCAAGGCAGCUCUAAACCUUCUUACAGAGGAGCGGAAUUCAGCGGUACAGCAAAGUCGAAGCCUUCAGCAAGAAUUGCAAGCUUACAAAAGCGGAAAUUCAAAAUUCGGUGGUGGAACGCUAGUUGAUCAAAAGAAGCAGCCUGGAUUCUCAUUUUUGUUUGUUAUACUCGUUGGUUUGUUGGGCAUGUUGGUAGGCUAUCUUCUUGGAGGCUAGACCCACAGCCCGCUUAAGGUAUGGGUAGUAUAUUUUUACAAAGCUUCAGCCACCUUAAGCUAACUCAAUGUGAAAGGAUAUCAGGAGCUUGGUGGGGAAAGCCCUGCCCCUCCUGCGUCUGGAAUAGUUUAUUUAGUAUCCAUGGUAUAGAGGUAGGAGAUGGUUUUCCUGGCACCUGUGCUAGCAGAUGCUUGCAUCCAUCCAGAAUUUGAUGGUUGUGGACAUGGAUAUGGAUAGGAGGUUUACUUGGUUACCCUCAGUUGUGCAAGCAGCUUUUGAUCAGUACUAGUAGACACAGCAGGGUUGAUUUUUUUUCACAUUUAGUUACUAUGAAUAAAUUGUUCUCAAUGGGUUCCGCAUAUUUGCAGUCCUUUAUUGCUCGA